AUGCUCUUCUUCCUCCGGGCCUUGCCCCGCCGGGUAUACAGGACCUUUGCCUCGUCGCAGGGGAUCGGCUUCUUCUUCCCGGGCGUCGCCUCCUCCUCCGCUCGCCUUGUCGUUCGUCUUCUCCAUUGCGACAAUCUCGAAACCGUAAUCUGCUCGACCUACGACUCCGACCCCAAGGCCUUCACCCGCGGCUUCCCGGCGCCGGACGAGUUGAAGCCUGUGAUUGCCGACGCAACUCUCUUUCUAAAUGCGCUCGACUCGGUGCGGGAGAAACCUAGGAUUGCCCUACGGUUCUUCAGAUGGGCAGAGCGGCAGCCGGGAUUCGAGCGGACGGAGCUGGCCUUCUGUCUUCUCAUGGAUAUACUCGCCGGGAGGGGACUGAUGCGGGCAGCGUAUUCGGUGAUCGAAAGGGCGGUGAGCGCUCACCUUCACGGGGUCGUGGAUCUGCUGGUCAAUGGGUACACUGACGUGGACGCCUCCGUGAAGCUGCUCAACCUUAUGCUGUGCGUGUACACCAAGUGUUCGAUGGUGGAGCUCUCCGUGGAGACCUUCUACAAGAUGGCGAGGAAUGGAUACGCUCCCGAUGUAAGGAACUGCAACAAAAUUCUGAGGAUUCUGAGAGAUGGGGCAUAUGGCGCGAAGGCAAGAGCAGUUUACGAGGCAAUGGCGGAGUUUAAGAUUACGCCGACCAUCGUCACGUUCAAUACGAUGCUUGAUUCCUUCUGCAAGGAUGGGAGGUUCCAGGAGGCUCUCAACUUGUUGGAGGAGAUGCAGAAGAAAGGCUGCUUGCCGAAUGACGUCUCGUACAAUGUACUGGUCAAUGGCCUUUCCAAAGAAGGUGUGUUGGACAGAGCGAAGGAUCUGGUCGUGGAGAUGAUUAAUUCAGGGUUGAAGGUAUCUGCCUACACGUAUAAUCCCUUGAUAUAUGCAUACUGCAUGAAGGGGAACAUGAAUCAAGCUCUUCUCUUCGAGCACGAGAUGGUUAGACGAGGUGCAUUGCCCACUGCUGCAACAUACAACAUGUUCAUCUACUGGCUUUGCAGACAUGGACAAGUUAGCCUGGCCAAAGAAAAGUUUUUGGAAAUGAGUGAGAAGAAUCUGGUGCCUGAUAUCAUUUCCUACAACUCCCUAAUUUAUGGGUAUUCUCGGUCUGGGAAUCUAUCUGAGGCCCGUCGUUUGUUUGAUGAAUUGAAGGGCUUAAAUUUACUGCCGACAGCAAGAACAUACAAUACACUUAUUGAUGGUCUGUGUAGAUCAGGAUCUCUGGAUGACGCACAGAUGCUGAAAGAGGAGAUGCUUCAGUCGGGCCUCGUACCUGACGUCUUCACAUACACAGUUCUCGUCAAUGGUUGCUGCAGGGCAGGAAAUCUCUCCAUGGCAAAAUAUUUUUUUGAUGAGAUGGUGAAUAUGGGCUUGCAGCCGGAUUGCUUCGCCUACACUUCUAGGAUCUACGUUGAACUGAAGCUCGGCACGAAGGCAGAUGUCAUCCAUCUGUUCGAGGAGAUGAAACCCAGAGGAAUUUCUCCAAACGUGAUAACUUAUAAUGUGCUCAUUGGGGGGCUUUGCAAGGUCGGAAAUUUGGAGGAAGUGGACAGAUUAUUACACGGCAUGCGGCAAGAUGGGUUGUUCCCAGACUGUGUAACUUAUACUUGCAUAAUCCACGCGCAUGCUCAAAAGGGACAUCUUGCUGAAGCAACUGGCGUCUUUUACGACAUGAUCUACCGAGCAAAGCUGUCUCCAUCAGUCGUGACCUACACUGUUCUGGUUCAUGCAUUUGCUAGCAUCGGUCGGCUGGCAGCUGCAUCCAUGUUCUUCUCGCAGAUGCUUGAUAGAGGUGUAUCACCAAAUGUCAUAACUUGCAAUGCUCUUAUAAAUGGAUUGUGCAGAGUACGGAGAAUCAAGGAGGCUUAUCAGAUAUAUUAUGGCAUGCAGAAAAGAGGCUUGAUUCCCAACAAGUACACCUACACAUUACUUAUAAAUGAGAACUUCAAUGUGGGAAACUGGAAAGAGGCUUUAAGGAUGUACAGUCAAAUGGUUCAGCAGGACAUCGAACCAGAUUCUUAUAUGCAUGAUAUUCUCUCCAAGCAGUUUGGCCCAGAUUACAGACUUGGCGAAGAUCUCUGCGCGGAGAGUGAUGUCCCAGGUUGA